AUUAUUUAGCUCAAAAAGUUUAUAACGGUGUAAGCGUAUUUCGACGAACACCAGCAUUCAAAUCAAAUUCGACAGCACUCAAUCAAACCCACGCGCAAUGUUUUGGCUCUGCAGCGUGUCACUCUCGUUAUUCGAUUAUCGUUUAAUCGCUAUAAAUGCAUUGAUUUACGAUUUAAUUGCGACGGAAAUUGCAAACGCGAAUGCGCACAUUGUUAUUGCGGCCAAUGUCAUGACAGAAUUUGACAAAUCAGCAGCACGCGCUGCCACGACACCAGAAACAAAAACAAUACCACCAACCGGUGCCGAGCAACAAAGAGUUGCACACGAAAUGUCUAUUAAAGGGAAAGCAACAACAAUGAAAAUACCAACAACAAACACAAUAAGCACCAAUAACAACACAGCUGACGUGGCAUUUUUCGGCCAAAAACUGAGUGAUUACAGCGAUGACGAUGAAAUAAGUACGAACAACAGCAACAGCAACAACAAAAGCAAAAUGACGCGAGGAACAAAUGGAGCAAACAACAACACAGCACUACAAGUAGCGCUACCAGCAAGUGCCAACGUGCCGUUUGUUUCUAUUGCUGCAGCAAGGCCACUUGCUAUGAGCGCGCACAAUGGUACGCAUGCCAACAACAAGGCGACCGUUAUGCCAACAAUAAAUGAACGCGUUGACAAUUUUCGCAAUGACAAAAAGGAAACGAAUGUGUGGACAACAACAACAGCAGCAGCAGCAGCAGUAAAGGUCGAGCGAAGUAUGGUAGCACCAAUAGGAACAACAAAAACAACAACAUCAGCAACAAGCAAUGCGGCGACGUUAGCAAUUUCAAAGCGCCCAGCAAUAAAAUCGACAGCAAUGCAUUUGACGACAUCAGCGUUGGCCACGGCAUCGGUAAUGACAGUAAAAACAACCGUACAAGCAACAACAGCUGCAACACCAGCUGCAACUACAAACGCACAAGCUGCCAAGUCAGCAAUAGAGCAUGCAGCAACAGCCGAAGCGCAUGAAACAAGGUCCAAAUGGGCAACAGCAUUAGCAACAACAACAACAACAACACCAACAACAACCGUGCGUAUAAUCCAUGCAACAGCAGCGUGGCCAACAUUGCGCAGUCAUGAUUUAUUAUCGUCAACAAAUGGGAUGCCAAAUUGUCGGAAUGCAACGUGUGUGUGUGUGCGCACAGAAAAAUCGCAUGCUGCAACAAAUAUUAAUACAGCAACAGCAGCAACAACGACAACAACACCUAUAGCGCCGACAACGCGUGUACCAAUAACGACCGCCAUGGCAUCGGCAACAACAUUAUUGCGCACAUCAACGACAGUGGCGAACACAACGCUACAAACCACAAAGGCGGCGACUCCUGUGCGGCAUGCAGCAGCAACAACUGCAAAUAAAGGCGGUGCGUCCGCAGCAUAUGCAGCGGGCGCGGCUGGCAGCACAACUGGUGAAGUUGCAGCUACGCCAAUGAGGUCUCUAAUGCCUUGUCCCACUUACAGUUCACCCGCUACGCCUGCAGCGCCAGCAAUGUCAACAACAACAACAGCAACAGCAAUUCAUACAGCUGACAUAACGGAUAGUGCAGCUGGAAAGUCAACAGCAGGCCCAUUGCAAACGCAGUGGCAACGCAUACUGUCGCGUCGCAAGCGUUAUCUGGCCUUUCCGGAGGGAACAUCAUUCACCACAUCGGUCUGCAUAACAAUCGGCAUCAUUGGUAAUCCUAAUUACAGUUACAUGAGUUUUGGUUUAAAUUUUGGCAUUGGAUAUGAUUUGCCCAACGCCACAUGGGUACUUAAUCAACUGCAUGGCCUUAGCCGACGUCCGUUGCCGAUGGCUGUGCAUCACAGACGCAGCAAGCGUGCCAUCUAUGAGCGUAUCGCCGAAGCUGUGAACAACAUGGGCUAUAGCGGACGUGACUGUGUGCUUCGUGCUUUGUGUGAGAGUCGUCAGUAUUUUAGCCGCACCAAAAUGGGCAUGAUUGGUGAGAUUCUGCGCGUGAUAUUUAGUUUACCCAAGCAACGCAUAUUCAGCCGGGAGUUGCGUGAGGAUGCCGACAUUGCCGCUUAUGACCAUGCCUACCGCAAAGCUGAUUCGCAGGACUGCGUCGCGCAGUAUGACUGUCCGUUUUCACUACUUGAAUUGGCAUUUGGAAGGUAUUCGACGCCGUCUGAUGACUUCUAUGGCGAAUCUGGCAUGUGAAAGGCAACACUUUCGGCAUUGGAAAAUGGUUUAAUCAUUAUUUAAUAGUUGCUUAAAGGAAUUGCCGAAUUGAAAGAAAAUAAAUAUUAACCGCUACUCUAGACAGA